AAGAGAGACACCGAGAGAGAGGGAGAGUGGAGAGGAGGGACACGGAUCGGCACACAGAGCCAGUUUGCAGCUCCUACUUCACUGUAGCUGCUCUGCCAGACAACACUCAGCCAUCCACAUCACACUCUCUCAAACACAUUUGCUCUCUCAGCCGACAACACCCUCUCAAUUUCUCAGCUGCAUCAAACGUCCAAACGACAAGGUGAAAACAAACCCCACGCACAGACACCAGCUCUGAGGAGGAGGCUGGACUGAAGCUGGAGGGGCUGACUGGAGAAUGGAAUGGAACCUCAGAAGGAUGGAAAGUGAACUGAGGCACAUUAAUCCGGACCUGCUGCAGCCCAGCAAGAGCUUCAAGAAGCCCUCUUCCGGCACCAUCACCCUCAAUGUAGGGGGGUUUCUUUACACCGCUCACCGGACCACCCUUUCCAAGCACCUCGGGUCCUUUCUGGAGGAGCUGGCCAAUGGUAAAAAGCCGGUUCAGCACACAGAUUCGAUGGGCAACCCCUUCAUCGACAGAGAUGGUCCCGUUUUUCGCCACGUGCUCAACUACCUCCGGACCGGUGAGCUGCAGCUGCCCGACGACUUCCGCGAGGCAGGGCUGCUGCGGAAAGAGGCCGACUUCUACCGCCUGAGCCAGCUGGUGGAGGCCGUGGCCGAGUGGGAAAACCAAAGGGCGGCCCAGCGAGAGCCCGCGUUCUUGGAGGUGACAGACAGCCACGAGAGGUCGCAGGGCCUCAAGGUGUACUGCAGCGACUCCACCUUCAUUGAGAAGGUGAAGGGACGGCUGGUGCAGAUCUCCAAGAGCCGCCUGGACGGCUUCCCGGAAGAGUUUGUGGUGUCGUCGAACGUGAUCCAGUUUCGCCACUUCAUCAAGUCCGAGCCGGGCUCGCGGCUCGUGCUGAAGGAGGACAGCACGUUCGUGUGCACUCUAGACUGUCUCAAACUAGAAACAGUGAUGCUUGCACUGAAGUCGGGGUUCAAGUUGGUCACCAGCCUCGACAGCAGUAAAGGCUCGGUGGUGGCGGCGGAGGCCCUGCACUUUGUCAAGUAAGACCAAGAGAAAUGCCGGAAUCAGAGAGGACAGAGAAGGGAAAGUACUGCCAUAUUUCAUAUUCACCCCACUAAUGUCAGGUAUUGGUUUGAGUCUUGUAACAUGUGUAUUAACGUGAUUUUGUAGAUAAAAUAAUAGCUGGGCAGGACGGAGUUUGUGUCUUUACUGAUGAAGCUUUGGGUGGAUGUUUUUAGCAGAACCAUAUUUUGGCAUUUGCAGAAUUUGCACUGCUCUGUAUUUGUAGAAUCUAGAAAGAUCCCGAUAGCACAAAAGCACCGGUGACAUGGACGACAAGCCGCAAGCGAAUCUUCACGCGGAAAAUCAAGUCCCAUCAACACGUGUGCUUCGUCAAUGGCUGCAAAAACGAAAAGAAAAAAACCCAGCCCCUUCAUAAAAAGCCUGUGAUGUGCACCGUUGUGCCAUUCAGCUUUUACUACGGUCUGUGUGCGUGCGCGUGUGUGUGCCUCGCCGUACACUGUGUGUGUGUAGCUGUUUUAUUAGCUUUUUUAGUCUCCCGACUUGAAAAGCAGAGCUCACUGAAGGCAGGCUGGGGCCAACACACAAACGUUUCAAUUAAUUGCUGUGAUUAUUGCAAGGGCUUUGAAUCUUGCAUGAUGCAUGUGCACAGAACCAAUAAAAACAGUGUGUUUUGUAAGUGCCGUGAGCCUCUGUGAAGCCAGUGCCACAAAAAUGCCUAUUUCUUUAAAUGUGAAUAUUUUACAAAUAAAAUGGAAUCAAACAAGCA